UUAAAAAUUAAAAUUUUUUGUGUUAUAAUUUAUCUACAAAUAGAUAAAAUAGAAAAAAAAAUCUUAUCAUUUAAAACUGAGUAAAUUUAUAGUUGCAUAAUAGCCGGUAGAAGAGGAAAUGAGCCGCAGCGAUAAAUGUUGGUUGCAGUGUCACGCAAAUUCAAUGCCGCAAAUUGCUGGAACGUAUCCCAAUGUUAGCAAUGUUCUAGCGGACACAAGUCAAAAUAAUUUUGUUCAACAUCAUCAGCAGCAACAGCAACAACAGCAGCAACAACAACCGCAACAGCAUCAAAUUCACCAGGGACAAUUUCCGCGGCAACAAAAUAACCCCUAUAAUCAGCCGGUACAAGUUUCGCCGUUCGAGAGAGGCUUCGCCAUGAAUCAACAGGGAACCUACCCAGCCAACACACCGUACCAAGAACCUUACUCCUUCAACGCAGUGCAGUUCCCACUGCCCCCCUUGGCUUCCCCGCAAAAUUACGCAUACCCCAAUCAAGCCGGAAUGAACCCAAUAGUCCCCAACAUCAGUCCUAUCUACAACUCUUCUCCACCUCAAGGCCAAGGCUUCGACCCCCGUUCCUACAUCCCAACCCAGCCGUCCCCAAUCUUCAUCCUGCCCAGCAACCCCGUAGUCCAACUACCCACCCAAAGCCCCCCAAACUGCCCCAACACUCGCUCAGGAGUCUGCGGCUCUCAAUACUGCUGUUCCCCAGCCGCUCCUCCUCCUUACAUCCCCUUCCCCUGUCCUCUUCCCUACCCCGCGCCAUUUUGUCGGCCCUUAAACUGCUACGACCCAAUUUCAAGUCCUUUCUGCAAGGAGUCUUCAUUUCCAACCUGCGCUUGCUGCCCAAAGAGAAGCGACUUGCCCUGCGAGCACCGUUGCGAGCCAACCAGCGAGGCUAUCUGCAACAAACCAAACUGUCCUGCUUCAAUCAGCCUCCAAGCUUUAGCGUCCCAAUUACUGUCCAUUCCAGGGGUAAUUUCCUGCGCAGCGACGCGCUUAAUUCUCAGAAGAGUUCCGGGGUCUAAUAUCAGAAAUUCUACCGAAGAAACUGUCGAACGCGCCAGAAAAACUAUUAAUACUCUAACUCAGGAGCAACUUUUGACAGAAACUCGAAAUGCGCAGCAGAUAAACGCCCUAAUAAACAUUCACAUGGCAGCUAAUCCUCCAGCAAACAUUAUUCCCUUGCUAACUACUGUGCAAUUGAAGGUCAACGUCCUUAAAAGUCUCCUGGAGACGAUUAUUAAUCACCGAAUCACCGAAAAUCAAGCAGCGGGAGCAGAAACUUGCCUCGGACUAGAUCCCAUAAUUUUGGGGCUCAAAUCUGAUCAAGAAUUGCGAACUAUCUUGGCGACUUUAAGGCAAAAGGAAUGCGACCAAAGGGUUAAUUACAAUUUUGCUUCCUAUCAUUCGCAACGCGUGAUUGCAGAAACUAGGUUAAAGAAUAUUGAGGACAAAAUUGCGCUAGUAGAAGCUGAAAUCGAAAGGCGUAGGUGCGCUUGCUUGCCUCCGACCUUGAGACAAACUGGAAUGACCUGUCAGGAUUCUAGAGGAACCGUUUGGCACGCCUAUCCGGGUACACUGCCGCCAUCUAGCUUCGGGAAUUUUAACUACAGUGGACGGCAGCCAUCUCAAGACUCGCCGGAUCCAUUUUGUUUUGACAAGACGAGUCCGAGGAGGCUCAAUGUUCCUCAUGUUGGGAGCCCGGAGACUACUUAUAGGAAGCCGCCAACUAUGGUUAAGGAUAAAGAGGAUAAAAGGUUUAGUGAUGAUGAUUGUGGCUGCGAUAAAUCUACUUCUUAUGAUAAAAAUGAUGGUAAGAAUGCGGGGAGCAGUAAUGAUUGUGAGGAUGAGGAUGAGGAGGAUGAUGAGGAGGAUGAUGGUCAGUGCACCUGUGAUAAAUUGACCGAUGACGAGGACAAAAAAAAACUCCGAAUAAAUCCAAGCGAAGCAGGUCCAAGCGGAGGGACAGAAAUUCAGGGGAAAAAUGUCGGCUUUGAGGGGGUGGGUGGUGAAAAGGUAAAUUUGAUUGAUGAAACGGAAGAUAAUUGCGGAAAAAUUGAGGAAACUUUGGACUCCAGCGCUCAACUGAAGACUAGUAGUAGUUGUAAUAAUAAUAAUAAUAAAAGUAAUGAUAAAAUAAAAAUAGCAAGACAAGAACUUCAAGAUAAAUUACUUCUUCAAUUGAGCUCAGCUGUCGGGUCUUGCGAUCCAUCAAACAAAAAUAAUCAUGAGAAAAAGGAAGAAUUAACCUUGACAAGUGAUGGAAGUAAAUACUCGAACCCUUUUUCCCAAGAUCCAUCAGAGAGCGGCUUCGAGAAUGAAGGAAUGGGUCUAGAUAAAUUUAUAUCCGGAGCACUUUCGGUUAUCAGUGGGUUCAGUAAUCACGUGGCGUCAUUUGGUACAAUUAUUGGUGAUAAAAUAACCGCUUUAAGAUCGCAUCUGGCGCCUGAAAUUUCUCAUCCAUUAUUCCCGAGGUUCUCCGCAAAUUCCCCAAGCACUUGCUCUAAUAAUCAUCAUAAUUAUGAUACUCCUCAUUAUUCGGGACGUGAAAACUCAAAUACACUCGCUCAAAUAAAUAAUAACAACUACGACAAUAAUUAUCCCGAUAAAUUGUCUCGUACAAAUUGUCUCUUCGGCAAAUUAAAAUCCAGUAAAAUAAGAAGAUUAAAUUUUGAUGGACGCAAAACCCAAGGCGGAGAAUUUUUUAUUGAAUUUAAUUCCAAUGAAAAAUUAUCGGGGGUAAAAAAUAUAAUUAUCCAGGACAAAACGAAUGGAAAAACUUACAUUUUAAUGAGACCGAAAUUGAAUACUUAUAAUAAUAAUAAUAAUAAUAAUGAUAAUUAUUAUUAUUAUGAUAAAUUGUGGAAAAAGUUAUACAAAGAAGAGAAAACUCUAUUGAUAAGAAGUAGAUUGAAAAAUUCUCAAUCAACAAUUCAAUUGACACCAUUUAUUCCUUUUACGGUUGUUAAGCCGCCGGAAUGUCGGCAUGAAAAUACGCCGACGCUUGAAAUAACGCAAAAAUUAGUAAUGAAGAAAGUUAAAUUACCGAAUGUUGGUUGUGAUAACAAUCGAUUGAAAACCAGCCGAAAGUUUAGGUCUUUGUCUCGAGUUGAAAAAUCGAGAGAGAUAAUUAAAGUCUUUGGGAACAAAAAUGGGGAUGAAAAUCAAACCAACAUUAAUUAUGAAAAUGAAGGAACUCUUCCGGAAAAUUCGAGAUCAUUCGGUAGCGAGAGCUGGAAAAGUUCUGAGAAUUGUUGGAGCUCUGAAAGUACCGCUGGUGAAAAUUCGGUAAACAAAAUUGAACUUUUUGAAUUCAAUUCGGUUGAAAAUCAAAUGGAAGUUUCUUCGGAGUCGAUUGUUGGUGUUCACGAUUAUGGAUUAUAA